ACACAAGGGAAGUUCUCACCGCCAGAGACUGGCCGACAUGGAAAACUUCAGCAAAAUCAAUAAAUCAACUGUCACCGCCAGAGACUGGCCGACGCGAACAGUUGUUAGCUACAAAGACUGGCCGACACGAAGCUAUGGCUUCUCCUAAGUAUCCAAAGACACAAGGGAAGUUCUCACCGCCAGAGACUGGCCGACAUGGGAAACUUCAGCAUAGUUACACUCAGUAUGUUAACGAUUAUUUUAAAAAAGUAGGUGCCCAAGACUGGAGGCUUAAGCAUUACCUAAAUUAUCGUUUGGAGACCGAAGAUAUAAUUCCAAGCUGGACCACCGUUUACGAAGAUUGGUUUGCUUCUCUCAACAUUAUCUCAAAAACUAAUCAUAAAAAAAUUCCCGUCAGUGUAAUUUCGUUUUGCAAAGAAUUAGCAAAUUUUAGUACUUUUGAAGGAGAGUCAAUCCUAGAGCGUUGUAAAGAAUGGUACCAUAAUUUCUACGAGCGUUACUGUGAUCUGCAACUCACCGAGAGGGUCCAGCACAUAGAAGAAAAAAUAUACUCUUCUCAAAAAGUAAUAUAUUCGUCGCAAAAAUUAUCGGAGCUGUUACAAGGAACGACAAUUAUAAAAAAAAGAUCACAUGAUGACAACGAUGACAACAAAGCAGGCCCGUCAAAUGAAAAACGUAGUCGGCAUGAGGAUUUAUCGUGUGAAAGUACAACAGGAGCAUGUUUAGAGUCUUAUCAACGUGAACAAGACGAGCUACGAAUACUUGAAAUCGAGACUGAAGAACCUCCGAUUGAGCCCAAGGGUACACAUGGCGCAAUCCUUGAAUUGCAAAAAAUAUUAAAUAACAUUAAAGGAAACCCACCCGAAGAAUCUGAUGAUGAUCUCUUUGAGGAUAAAAGUACUUUUGAAAAUGAUAAUAAAAACUUUCAUGAAGAAAUCCAAUUAUCUACCAAAGAUCACACGAAUGCUGAUGUUGCAUUCAUUUUCGAUUUAAUUAGAUUCACAUGCGAAAUGAUCGCAAAAGGAAUCCCCCAGCGACAAAAUUCCGAACGAGACAUUGAUAUGUUUAUAAAGAGACACAUUUUUUCUUGUUUCGAUACUAUAUUAGAUAGUCAUUUUGGGGAAGUAGUAUCGAGGGCUUCCAGGAAUCGUCGAGCAGUAGCUAUAGAUGCACCAAGUAACACAGAGGGAUAUCAUCUCGACUGGAUGUUUACAAAACAUGAUUUAGGGAAAGAAUUGUACUGGGGUCGUGAGUUUUCCCUCUGUGAGAGAACUGGUUCCAAAUGUGAAGAUACGUCAAAGGUUCUUUCGAAUACCCUUAAGGUACAAAAGACCUUAAGAGAUAUGCAUCGAAAUUUAAUAGAGUCAAUAUCUGAUGAGAGCGGUGGAAUGUUAUCAAUGCCAGUUCUUCAUGCUAGCACCAAACUUUUGAUGCCCGGAUUUUCGGAUCUUUAUAUCCCAACCAAAUAUGAAGAACUCGAAUCUAUUCUUAAAAUUUCACGAGUAAUGCUUCAAGUAAAGAAAUUAUUAUCCUUUACUAUUUCGCGGUUUAAAAGUAUAAAGAACAGAGCAGAAAAAGAAAAAUUUGCACCCGGAAGAGUG